AUGGCGGACUCGUUAAGCUCUAGUUCUGGGCUCCACCGCUUACUGGAUUCGAUAGGACAAUGCUCUGGGUCUAAUUUUCGCGUGUGGAAGGAGAGUUUUGAGCAUGUCAUUAACAUCCAUGCACCAGAGCUUCUUACGGUUUUGCGCGGAUCGGCUCGGCCGGACCCUCUGGCGGCUACUCAGGCCGACGUUGCCGCCUGGGACAAGGCCAAUAGCCGCCUCUACUCUCUCCUGUUCUUCGCGACUUCCAGCUCGGCGCGGCUCACCGUCCAGGCUCACCGAAAUGCGGGCACCAGCACCGACGGCAACGGACAGUCAGCUUGGGCAGCUCUGAACGCGCGGUUUGAUGCCUGCACCCAAGAAGCUCGGCGUGCGUGCCACCGGGAUCUCUUCGGCCUCAAGCACGUUGCGGGUGGCGAUCCCAUCGACUUCUUCUCCAAGGCGUGCGAGCUGAGGCUCCGCCUUGAGACACUGGGGGAGACAGUAUCCGACGACGUCUACCUGGAUAUCACGCUCUCGGGCCUGACGUCCGUCCCGGAGUUCCACUUCAUCCGGGAGAUGCACUACCGCAACGAGUUUACGUCGGUCGACGAUCUGCAGGACACGGCCACCCGCUUCUUUGUGGACCAGCAGUCGCGCAAGGCGGCGGGACCCGCGGUCUCGGGCAGGGGAGCCGCGAUGGCCGCAUCCAGCAGCGACCAGUGUCACCGCUGCAAGGAGUUUGGGCACUUCCAGCGUGACUGUCCGAAGUCUGCGCCGCCGUCCCGCGCAAGGAAAGGCAAGAAGCCGAAGCCGCGCAAGAAGCGCGGAGGUGGCGGGGCUGGGCAGUCUAAGUGGUGCUCCUUCCACACGACGACGACGCACAGCGAUGCUGAGUGCAAGGCUCAACACAAGAAGAAACAAGAGGAGCUUCAAGGAUUGGCUGCGAACGUGGCCCUGCUUCAGGCAGCUGGCCCGGCCAAUUUCGCCCACCUUGGGAACGCCCACUUGGCGCAGCCGUUUCAGGCGGCAGCGCCCCAGGCGACAGCGCCCCAGGCGUCUCAGGCCCCUUCGGAACCCACCACUUUCGGGUUCUCUUUCAACGCUCACGGCGCCUCUGCAGCCCCUGCCGCCUCGCAGGCGGCUUCCGCGUCUGCCUCGUCCGCAUCUCCUGCGCGGGACCACCACCUGCCUUCUGGGUACUUCGGUGCCUUUAUGGCCUCUUUUGCGGAGGAAACGUCCCCGGCUCUUCCUCGCUCCGAUGGAUCGUCUAUCCUGAUGUUGGUGGAUAGCGGAGCGACGGACAACUAUCUCGAUCCUGCGCUUACGCCUGGCGUACGGGCUCACAUGCGCGACAUCGAAGACCUUCGGAUUCCGCUUCCGAUCAUUACCGCCGGGCAGCACGUUCUUCACGGCGUUACGACGGGGGUGCUCUUCGGCACGGUCACUGACGACAGCGGCCAGGACAGGCGAGUUUCUUUUCGUGUCAUGUUAGUUCCGGGACUGGGGAACAACCUCUUCUCCGUCACCGCUGCGCUGUCGAACGGCGUGGCAUCCCUCUUUUAUCCGGACAACCCCAGGCUGGAAUCGGCGGACGCAGUCGUACCGAUGAAAAUCCAAGGAGUGGAUAACACCGGGAAGAUCACUUGCUCCAUCACCAUCAAGCUCGGCGCCGAGAAUGGCGGUCGACAGACCCCCGGGGAGACUCCUGACGGACUUGCCUUGAGGGUGGAGACUGCUGAUCUUUGGCACCGGCGCAUGGGGCACAUCAACAACAAGAGCUUGGAUGUGUUGAGGCAGCAGGCGGCCAGCGGCAUCGACUACCGUGGCGACGUGCAGGACUGCAGUGCGUGCCCUCUUGGUAAGAGUUCUCAACAGCCGCACCCCAAGCACGCCGUCUACGGCGUUUCAACCCCCUUUCAGCUCGUUUUCGUUGACACCCUUGGCCCUUUCACGCCUACUGCGUUGGGCGGUUUCAAAUACGCCACCAAGUUUGUCGACCAACACACCAAGUGGAAGGAGGUCGUUCUCAUGAAGGAUAAGACUUGCUCAAUUGACGCCCUCGAGUUGUUCAACAAGGGAACCGUCAUCCCCCGUAGCGCACGCAUCCAUGUGCUACGUGCGGAUAAGGGGACCGAGUUUACGAACGCGGCUUACCGACAGUACUGCCUGGACGUUGGCAUUCAGCUGCAAUUUGCGUCUCCAAACACCCCCCAUCAGAUCGGAGCGAAUGAGCGUGCCGGCCGAACGAUCAUGAACAUCGUGCGUUGCAUGCUCGCUGAUUCUACGCUGCCAAGCCUUCUUUGGGGAGAACUGAUGCAGACGGCGGUCUACCUGAGCAACCGAACUCCUCAUGCAGCCUUGCACAACGGAACGCCGAACAAGGCGCUCUUUGGCACGGACGCGCACCUUGGACACCUUCGGGUGGUCGGGGCACGGGCGUUUGUGCAUGAAGAGACGCACACUAAGAAAUUGGACAGCCGUGCAUGGGAAGGACGGUUGGUGGGCUACAGCCUGGACAGCAAAUCCUACCGUAUCUAUAACGCUCAGACGAGACGGGUGCGGGAGAGUCGCAACGUUAUGUUCAUCGAACCGACCCCCGCGCCGCCUUCGUUGGACGAGCGUGGGUUUGACGAUGGGGAGUUCACUUACGCCGACCACGACGACAUGAUCCGAGAUAUGCGCAACUACACCACCAACCACUCGGUCGAUGCGCUUCCUCCCACUCAUGCCGUCGGGGAUCCGUCUGUUCUCGAGCUUCUCGAGGACAUCUCCNUGCCCUCUUGCGCACGCAUCCAUGUGCUACGUGCGGAUAAGGGGACCGAGUUUACGAACGCGGCUUACCGACAGUACUGCCUGGACGUUGGCAUUCAGCUGCAAUUUGCGUCUCCAAACACCCCCCAUCAGAUCGGAGCGAAUGAGCGUGCCGGCCGAACGAUCAUGAACAUCGUGCGUUGCAUGCUCGCUGAUUCUACGCUGCCGAGCCUUCUUUGGGGAGAACUGAUGCAGACGGCGGUCUACCUGAGCAACCGGACUCCUCAUGCAGCCUUGCACAACGGAACGCCGUACAAGGCGCUCUUUGGCACGGACGCGCACCUUGGACACCUUCGGGUGGUCGGGGCACGGGCGUUUGUGCAUGAAGAGACGCACACUAAGAAAUUGGACAGCCGUGCAUGGGAAGGACGGUUGGUGGGCUACAGCCUGGACAGCAAAUCCUACCGUAUCUAUAACGCUCAGACGAGACGGGUGCGGGAGAGUCGCAACGUUAUCUUCAUCGAAACGACCCCCGCGCCGCCUUCGUUGGACGAGCGUGGGUUUGACGACGGGGAGUUCACUUACGCCGAUCACGACGACAUGAUCCGAGAUGUGCGCAACUAUACCACCAACCACCCGGUCGAUGCGCUUUCUCCCACUCAUGCCGUCGGGGAUCCGUCUGUUCUCGAGCUUAUCGAGGAUACUCCACCGUCCACAACCGUGACCUUGGGACCAACUCCGCAGACCCUGCUCCUGCCGCAGAGGAUGCGCCUGCGGACGACAGCCUUGCCUCGCCUGGAGGAGUCAGCCCUCCUGAGCCGGGUGACGGUGCAUCAUCACCGGCCGCAUCGUUGUCUGCUCCUGCUCCGGCCGGUUCAACAUCCAGUCCUGCGACGCCGCCUGGAGCGUCGGGUACUGGUUCUGCUCCAGUUGGCGCUGCACCGCAAGGUGGUUCUGCGCGUGGACGUGGUUCAUCUCGUGGUGGCGGUGACGCCCGCGGUGGCUCUUCGCGUGGUGCAUCUACGUGUGGUGGGCGUGGCUCGGGUUACCCGGGCAAUAUCGCGCGUGCCCAACAAGAAGACCCUCAGCGAACUUCGUCGACUCUCGUAUGCGUUUCCCGCGAUGGGGGAAUUUCCUGACGUUGCGCACAGGGACGCCACGUUGGGCUUCACGGAAUACGCAUACACCGUAGGGGGAGUACAACCAGACGUUCCUAGAACCAUUCAGGAAGCACGGGCUUCACCGGACGCAACGAAGUGGAACGCAGCCGCUGAACGCGAGAUGAAAAGCCUCAGCGACCGCAAGGUCUACAAGCUCGUCCCGCGCUCGGCCGUCCCUCCGGAAAGGAAGCGCAUCAAGUCCAAGUGGGUGUUCAAACGCAAGGCCGACGGGACUUUCAAGGGACGUGUCGUGGCCCAGGGUUGGAACCAAGUUCCCGGACUCGACUGCGGCAGCACCUACGCUCCAGUGUGCAGGAUCCAGAGCGUGCGAAUGGUGGCGUGCAUCACAGUUGAGUUCAACCUCAUCUUCGAUCAGAUGGAUGUUUCUACCGCUUUCCUCUACGCGGACAUCCAAGAAGAAGUGUUCGUGGAACAACCACCCGGUUUCGAGGUCAAGGACAAGGAUGGAGGUGACAUGGUAAUGAAGCUGAAUAAGAGUCUCUACGGACUUGCUCAAAGCCCAGGCAACUGGUUCAACACCAUCGAUCCCGUGCUCGUCGAGAUUGGAUUCGUCGCACUCAAGUCAGACCCGUGCGUGUAUUUGUACGAUCACAACGGGGCCAAGAUCUACCUGACUCUCUACGUCGAUGACCUUCUCCUGGCCGGCAACGACUCUGACGCCAUUUCGAUGGUGAAAGGGAAGUUGCAAAAGCGCUUCAAAAUGACCGACCUGGGGGAAGCAUCUCUUGUCCUCGGGAUGGAAAUUAGGAGGGAUCGCGAGGCAAAUACCUUGACCAUUUCCCAGGAAGCGUACUGCAAAUCAAUCCUUGAACGGUUUGGGAUGUCGGGCUCCAAGCCGACCAGUACACCUGGGUACGGCUCCGAAAUCUCAAAUAUCCAACCAGACUACACACUUCUCGACGAGAAAGAGACCCGCAAGUACCAAGGGAUCGUGGGAUCACCCAUGUACAUUGCGCAUNCCGACCAGUACACCUGGCUGGCUCGCCCGAUGGCGAAACCCAGCAAGGUUCACAUGGUGGCGGCAAAGCACACCCUUCGUUUCUUGGUUGGAACGAUCGAUUUCAGCAUCACAUACAAGAAAGGUGGUUUCAAGCUCGCGACUUUCUCGGACUCCAACUGGGCCAAUAACCCUGACAACGGGAAGUCCACCGCGAGCUACCUGACGAUGCUGGUGAACGCUCCCAUGAGUNAUGCUGGCGAACGCUCCCAUGAGCUUCAGGUCAGGGCUGCAAGCUCGAGGACCAAACACAUCGCGUUGCGGUUCUUCUUUGUUCGAGAACUGGUGACGGAGGGAAAGAUCUCCAUCCAUUACGUUCCGACGGAGGACAACCUCGCCGACAUCGGUACCAAGCAUUUCAACAAACACAGGUUCAAACACCUAGUGGACCUCAUCAACAACCUUCGACGUCAACGAGUUCACCGCCGUCGAAUAUAAAGGAAAAUGAAUGAUUUGUUUGUAUGAAUUUUCUGUUUCGGAUGCAGUUUACAUUUUCAUUUUAGUUAUGUAGGAAACAAGUACUAACACGUAAUUGAAACACGGAUGAAACGCAUUUACUUGCUUAAAAUUAUCAUCAUUAGUUUGGUACAAUUCAGAGCGACUUUCAUUGAGGAGGAGUGUUAUGGAAAUGUUAGCACAUAGCUAUUAUGAGUCAAUGUUCAGUAGCACUGCACUUGUACGUCGUAGAUCAUCGUAGAUCUGUUAUGUGCCGGUUGGUGUUUCGGUAGGCGCGCUUCGUUCAAAAUACAGCGCGCCAAGGUCAUGAUACUCCGUCCUUCGCGUUCGGAGAUGCUGUUCUGCUGUGGCGUGUAGCCGCCGAGUGCAGGAGGCGAAAUAGGGCCGAUGAGGCCGGUGCUGACGGCUUGAAGAGGCUGCGUGAUGCCGUCGCUGUUGGCGGAGGCCUUGGCUGACUUAACCGAAGCCAAAGCAUUAUGCUGAACAGCAGCCGUUGUAGAAUUAUCAGCAGUAGUUGUUGUUGUUGUUGUUGUUUCUCACAUUAGCUCUAAAAAAUAAAAAAAGAUUGGGAGCCCGUGGUCUCAAAACCCGGCAUACACGACCCCACGAAGAAACAGAAAAAAAUAGGGUACAAAAACCACUCGGAAGAGAAACAAAAUGANAAAAAAAUAAAAAAUCGAAGGACAACGUACACCAGUACCAGGUGAUUUCUGAUGGAGGUUGCCGGACACAUAGACGUGGUGAGUGAGGAAAGACACAUACUGAAACCUCACAGAUGCAUUGGUUUUUGAGUUUGCCAGACACAUAGACGCGUUGAGUGGGGAUAGCUGCAUACUGAAACCUCACACAUACAUUGGUUGUUUAGUUUGCCAGACACAUAGACGCGCUGAGUGCGGAUAGCUACAUACUGAAACCUCACGAGUUGAGUGAUGUUGGAUAGUGCCGGACACCUAGACGCUUUGAGUGAGAAAAGAAACAUACUGAAACCUCGCAGGUGAUUUGCAUUGGAGAUUGCCGGACACAUAGGUGUGUUGAGUAGGGAUAGCUACAUACUGAAACCUCACACAUACAUUGUUUGCCAGACACAUAGACGCGCUGCGUGGGGAUAGCUACAUACUGAAACCCCACGAGUUGAGUGAUGUUGGAUAGUGCCAAACACAUAGACGCUUUGAGUGAGGAUGGCUGCAUAUUGAGACCUAACGGGUUGAGUGAAGAUUGCGACUGCCGGACACAUAGACGCAUUGAGUGACGAAAGCUGCAUACUGAAACCUCACAGGUCGAUUUGUAUUGGAGAUUGCAGGACACAAAGACGCGUUGAGUAAGGAUAGCUGUAUACUGAAAAUCGACAAUAGCUAUAGUGAGGGAGACAAUUCGAGGAUGCAGUACACAUAGAACCGACCCCCA